UAUUUUGACGUGACACAAGUGAAAAUUUUAUUUUAAUUUUGUUGUAGUGAUUUAGAUAAAAUAAUUUAAUAAUUUAUAAAAAAACAUUUAAAAAUAUGGGAUUAUUUUUUUCUAAAAAGAAACCUGUCAGUCGUGUUACUGAACAAGACAAAGCUGUGCUGCAAUUAAAACAAGCGAGAGAUAAAAUAAAAACUUACCAAAGAAGAAUUGAACAAAAUCUUGAAAAAGAUCGUGAGCUUGCAAAAAAAUUACUUCAAAGCGGACGUAAAGAAAGAGCAUUAUCGCUUUUGCGCAAGAAGAAAUUCCAAGAGCAAGUUCUGUCAAAAACAGACAACCAGUUGGAGAAUUUAGAGCGAAUGGUCCACGACUUGGAGUUUGCUCAGAUAGAAACUAAAGUCAUCGACGGGUUGAAGAUCGGUAACUCAGCUUUGAAGACGCUCCACGACGUUCUGUCAAUUGACGAGAUUGAGAAAGUGAUGGAUGAGACGCGCGAAGGCCUGGAGAAACAGAAGGAGUUGGAUGAUCUACUCACGGGUCAGCUGACUGACGAGGAUGAGAGUCAGGUCGAAGCUGAGCUUGACGCUCUUGCUGCUCAGGAAGUUGAAGACAUACCAGAAGUUCCUCAGGAUGUUUUGCUGCCAGAUGUGCCUGAAGAUCUGCCUAAAAAAUCCAAAGAACGCAAGGAUCGUGAGCCAGUGGCUUUAGAAGCGUAAAUUUAAAUGUUUAAUAUCUAAGAUUGACAACUGGUAAUUUUUUGCAACGAAGUGUAAAUAAUGUACAGUUAUAUAUAAAUACUUAUAUACGUAAUUAUAAUUGAUAAAUCUUUAUGGACUUAAUGAAUAAAAUUUCAUUUUAUAACCAAA